UCUUUCUUACAACAUCCGCUGAACUUCACAGCUUCUCCUUCGCCCCAAUCUCCUGAUGUGGCGAUUUCCCCCAACGCGACAUACAUGGCAGCUGAGCUUGUCAUCGCCUUUCUCUCCACUACGGGCAAUUUACUGGUCUGCGCUGCUGUAGGUCUCAACCGCAAACUACGCACCGUCACCAACUACUUUCUGGUCUCUCUUGCGGUUGCCGAUAUCUGUGUGGGCCUGAUCGCCAUUCCCUGUGCCAUCCUAACUGAUGUCGGUUUACCGCGUAGUAACCUCUACCUGUGUCUGCUCAUGCUCAGUGUUUUGAUAAUGUUCACACAGAGCUCCAUCUUCAGCCUGCUGGCAGUAGCUGUGGAGCGCUACGUCGCCAUCUUCAUGCCUUUCCGCUACCAGAUCUUGAUGACGUCUCGCAACGCCGUGCUGGUGAUCCUCACCACAUGGCUGCUGGCCUUCCUCAUCGGGCUUGUACCUCUGAUGGGCUGGCACAAAACACCACCCGAUUCUGGUUACUGCUUCUUUGUCCUGGUGGUGGACAUGACUUACAUGGUCUACUUCAACUUCUUUGCUUGUGUGCUCACGCCCCUGCUCAUCAUGUUCCUUAUCUAUGCCCGAAUCUUUGUCACAGUCAAGCGGCAAGUGCGGCGUAUUGCAUCAGAGCAACAACGCAGGGCUGCAGCCAGCGUGCGCAGGGAGAUGAAGAUGGCUACGUCGCUCUUUCUUGUUCUUUUUCUCUUCACUGUCUGCUGGAUCCCGCUUCACAUAAUUAACUGCUUCCUGCUGCUUUGUCCACACUGCUCUGUGCCACUAGAGCUGCUGCUCACUGCCAUCAUCUUGUCCCAUGCAAACUCAGCUGUCAACCCCUUCCUGUAUGCAUACACCAUGACAGCUUUCCGAGACACGUUUAAAGCAAUUUUCUUGUGCUGCAGGGCGAUGGGAGACAGAGAGGAGGCCAACAGAACUAACCCUGGUGAAGAAACUCACACCAGACCUGAACAAGCCAGUGAUCCUUGA